AUGAGUGCUUUGGCUGUGAAAUUGGGAACUUUGCUGAUCAGACAGGUUACUCGUCCGGUAGCGAACGUGCUAAAAGCGCAGGCCAAACAACACGACAAGUUCAAAGAAUUGUGCGUUGGUUUAGCCCAGAGAAUGCAUCGGCUGGAUGCCAGAAUGAGGUCCCGGCUCAGUAAAGCCGAUAAUGAAAUCAAAGUACGGCCGUUGAACGACGCUCGAGCCGUGGAAAACGGUGCAACGCUUCUGAGUGAAGCGUUUGUAUUCGGGGUCACUGGCAGCGUGGUGGUGUGGGAAACUUUGAGACAACGUACAAAGGAGCUGAACAGACGGGACCAAGUGGCCAAAGAUAUCCGGUUUUUGCAAGAUGAGAUCGAAGAACUGAGAGCGGCGGUGAGCCGUCCAGUCACCCAACAACUACCGCACACGAACGGGGACAACCAGAAAAUUUCCCAGAAAUAA